GUUCUGCCCUCUGCACGAGUAAGACUACACGCUAGGUUAAGCACUAAAUUGGGUAACUGUCCAGUGACAGCAGAUAAACACCUGCUCGUACAGAUCAUCCUGAGCCGGAGUUGACGGGAACUGCUUUAAUACAACAAACAUUUGGACCAGUAAUCGAUCCAAGAGAGGGGGAUUUGGACUUAAAAUGUCAACUCUGAAAGACAAGAGAAAAGAAUAUCUGACUGUGAAGGAUCUGCAGAAGCUUUUGGACUCGUGCAAACUACAUCUCAAUGAAGUUGAUGAGGUCUGGCCGAAAAUAUACAUAGGCAAUGUGGCAGUAGCCCAAAACAAGGCUGCCUUGCUGAAAUUAGGUAUAACUCAUGUAUUAAACGCUGCGCACUCCAAGCGAGGCAGCAUAGGGAACCAAAGCUUUUAUGGCAACGGCUUUGUGUAUUGUGGCAUUCCAGCAGAUGACUCAACACACUUUGAUCUGGAUGUUUACUUCCAGACUGCAGCUGAUUUCAUUCACAAAGCUCUGAAGUCACCUGAUGGGAAAGUUCUGGUGCACUGCAUCAUGGGAAUGAGCCGGUCAUCGACUUUGGUGUUAGCGUACCUCAUGAUCUACCGUCACCUCCCGCUCAAAAAGGCUUUGCAGAAAUUGAUCCAGAAGAGAGCCAUCUACCCCAACAGGAAUUUCCUGGCUUUGCUGCUGGAUCUGGAGCUUCAGCUGACGGGAAAAAAGGAUACAUGUCAGAUCCUGUAAUCAAGAGAAGUUUACAGUUAGUUUCUAGGGAUGGUUUGGUCUGUUGGUCCAGACUGAAAUAUUUCUACAGCCAAUGACAUGAAAUUUGGUUUAAUUAAUGACUGAAUUCUUGUCAAACUCAGCUGUAGUUUGAGAUUUGAGAACACUGAGAUAUCAUGUUAGCAUGUUAUGAAAAGCUGAACACGUAACUCCAGUGUAUUUAUCUCAUCUACUACAUUUAUUUAUUAGCAUUUUAAAUAUUGACACAUGCUGAAUGUUAUAUCUCUUUUUAUUUUGAAUUGCCUACUAUGAAUCAGUGUUUCAGCACAUAUUACCUUCUUCAGGUUAUUCUAAAUAUUAGCAUGUUACACCAACAUGUUAAAGAUUAGAAAAUCGACACGCUAGCACAAUACUAAUGCCACUGGCAGCCUGCUGACAUGGUAUUGUUAAAUGUUAAUGUAAUACGCGUCGAACUGAACGAAAGAUUUUCCAAAUCUGACAACGCAGAGCAGCGGAGCCUGACGAGCUGAGUCUGAGGAUUGUUUUGUUUUUGGAGGCAGUAACGUUAAAGGUCCAGUGUGUAACAUUUAGCAGGAUCUUUUGGCAUAAAUGUGAUAUAAUAUUAGCAGGUAUGUUUUUUAUUAGUGUAUAAUCACCUGAAAAUAGGAAUUGUCAUGUUUUUGUUACCUUAGAAUGAGUUUCUAUCUACAGACACUGCAGGUGAACCGCCAUGUUUCUACAGUAGCCCAGAACUGACAAACCAAACACUGACUCCCGACGGGGCUUUUUGUGUUUUUUGUGAGUUUUACGGCCACCUUAGUUUCUACUACACGCUUGGAAGGGGAGGGCGAAGUGAGGGGACUCUACAACUACACGUCACUAAAUCCUACACACUGGACCUUUAAAAACAAAGAAUGUCUUAACAAAAAGUUUGUUUGCAGAACAAAUUAAAACUUAAUGUAAUGUGAAGUGAAAACUGAGACUGAACAAUGAAUGUUAAUGAUAAGGAGUUUUUAGGACUAUUUAUGUUUUUGAGCCUUUACCUCUCAUUCUUGUAAGAUGAUGUUUUCUUCAGCACCUCACUUUGUAUUACAGCAGAAUGGACCAAAGUCUUACGGAAAAUGUUUUACAAAUCAUCAUUUUAUGUAAACUCUGUUGAGGAAAAGAUGUUUCUUCAAGUCAAGAACUCAAAAUGGGAAUCAAUCUACAGCGUCUGUCUCUGUACCCAUCAGUGUUCACAGUAUGAAACUCCUUUGGUAUAUUCGUCAAGCUGGUUUGUGCUGAUCAACGCUGUACAUCAGAAGGUUUCAGAUCUUUUGAUUGUCAUCUGUAGAAACAUUAUGAAUGUCAAAAACAAAAAGGUACACAGAUUCAUCUGUUAUAUAGUAGAGUUUGACAGCAACGAUUCCUACCUGUUAUGAAUCAUUCACAAACACGCACACUCACAUUGGUAUCUUCAUCAGUAUCAACAUUAAAAUGAGUUCAUUGUGAAUAACACCUCCAAAUAUUAUGAUAGAGAAACAGCAGUGUGUGUGAAACUACACUGAAUUAUAUGGCAGGAUUUGUAUUGUCAGAGUCAGACGUUCAAUUUAUAGAUAUUUCAUUUGGGUACAAGAAAAUGUUACAUGAAUUAGGAUUCUUUUUUAAAAAGAACUUUAUGUGAUAAAAAAUAAAUGUUUGCUUCGUUUGUACAUAUGUUCAUCUUUCUACGCUUGUGUAAUCCUUUUUAUUUUCUUGACAUACUAUUUUUAUGCUUUAGCCAAAACUGAGUUUGUCCAUAUUGCAAGUGGGUUUUUUUUCUUUCAGAUGGUGUGUUCAAAUCUAGUAAGACAAACCUUAUAUCAGUUUUUGUGCUUUCAUUCACUAAAUUUUCAUCAUAUAUAGUAAAAGAGAUUAGAAACUCCUGACUUGACCAAAUGUCCAGCUGUUGGUUUAAACACAAUUCACUGUAGAGAAGAAUCUCAGUCAAGACUGUGUCAGAUUUAAGCUCAAGUAUAGCAGCACUGAUCUAAUUCUCUUGCUAUUGAAAAAGCCGUGUCCUAUCCUCCCUCCUGAGCUGGUAGCUCGGGUAACCUUUAAGGAAUGCAGAAGAUGAUGCCAGAAUUAUUUUGGGCUGAGAUUCAGAUGUUAAAAUAGCAAAAAAGGUUGCAGGGUAGAUUACCAAGGAGAACGCAGACAGUUGUGCUGUCGACCUACAUGUAGCUCUUGUGCAGAGAGACCUUGAAACGCAACGUUUCCAACCAAGGCAAGUGUCUACUAACAAUGUGUUCUUACGAGUUUGUUGCAGACAGAAAUCCAUGUUGGAAAAUAUUUAUUAGUAUGUACAGUGUAUCAAUUUAUUGUACUGUAUACCUUUGUUUGCAAGGUUAACAUGUUUAUAAAGCACUUUAAUAAAUGAGUAUGUACUGUGAUGAUA